AAUUUCAUUUGAUUGGCUAAUUAUUUAAUUUUCUUUUUAGAAAGAUUGGCUUAAGAAACAAAAUCACAUCGUAUACCACUAGCCUUUGCUCUACUCACUUCCGGCACCGGCAUCUGCAACAACAAAACCAUUAUUCUGAUCGACUGUUUCGGCAAUUCGAAACCCUAACCUCCAUUUUUCUUCUCACCGAUUCAAAAUUCGAUAUUGUAAUUUAGGGUUUUCUAUUGAUCCGAUUGUUAGAUCUGAAAAAAGCAAAUUGAUUUCUUCACAUCAAAGUGAAUUUGCUGGGAUGUUGUUUAAUUGAAUUCAGAGAAAACGACUGGAAAAUUUGGAUUUUUGCUGGGUGUUCUAAGGAUUGGAGUUGAGUGGAGUUAAGAUCAAUUUUGAGAUUCAUUGAACUGUUGAGUGUGAUCAAGUAGUUUUGUUUUUGGUGAAAUGUUGCCAUUAUGAUGUUUUGUUGGAUGAUAAUUUGUCUAAAGUUUGUGGGAAAUGAGCCGUUCCCCAUCGUUUUCAUUAAAGUCGGAACCGAGUCCGAAAGUCGAUAAUGAGUCGUUACACCGAUGGAUUGUGGCGUUUUAUGUGAUUAGGUUUGAUCUUGAGCAAGGUCAAGUAGUAGAGGAAUGUUAUCCGGCAGGUUGUUUAUCGGAGGAUGAGGAGCUUGGGACGGCUUUUAGUUCGUUCCCGGAUUCUGUGUCCCAAAACCAAAAUCGUUCGAGUAUCCAUGAUUGCAUAUUCUUCUUUAGGAUAAGAAGGCGGGGAAAUGUUGAUGCAGCAAAUGUACUUACUUCUGAGAUAGUUGAGAUAGAGAGAGAUACUCCUCAGAAGUCUGCCACAAAUGGGAAGGUGUUGCAGGUAUUGAGUAACCAUAAGAGUGGUGAUGAUUCUCGGUUCUUGUAUGGCUUUGUCUUUAAUAGGCAAAGGCAUGAUGAGAGGCUUAAGCGAGGUGGGGAACAGAAGUCGGUGGUGAUCUUGUCUCAUAGUCCAUUUUCUAGUGUGUUCAGGCCUUUGUUGCAAAUUAUGGGUCCAUUGUUCUUUGACAUAGGAAAGAAAGCUCUUGAGCAUAUUGCCGCUUAUGUGUCAUUGUGGCCUCCUCCAGUUCCGGGGAAGUUGAUGGAACUUCCCAUUGGUAAUGCUACCUUGAAAGUGAACCUGCCUCCCGUCCAAAGUUUGCCUUUAGAUGAGAAAAAGAUGCUUGAAGAGUCUGCCUCUCUUAUGGUUCCAUUGCUUGCUACUAAUCAGUCGAUCCCCCUUGGCCUUUUCCAUGAAGCAGACCUUUUUGGUAUAUUUCGUGGAAUUCUCUUGCAGCUUUGGGUUCUGUGGGAGUUAGUACUUGUUGGUGAGCCUGUUCUUAUCAUUGCCCCAACUCCUCCUCAGUGUUGUGAGGCUGUUGCAGGUCUUGUGAGUUUGGUUGCUCCACUGCUUUGUAGUAUUGACUUCAGGCCUUACUUCACCAUUCAUGAUCCUGAAUUUGCCCAUUUGAACUCACUACAAGAUGGUGGCACCUUUCCUCCUAUGAUACUCGGUGUAACAAACCUCUUUUUCCUGAAAGCAUUACGCAAUUUUCCACACAUUGUGUCUGUUGGAAGUCCUGUUGCUAAUUCAAGCCGUGCUAACGUUGUUUCCGGGUCCUCUUCUGGUAGACCAACUGGUCGCUUAGAAGGAUUGGGUGUUCAACAGCUCUCUUUGAGAAAAUUUUCUCCAUCGAGCUUGUUAAAUGCAGUCAAGUUGAGGAGGGAUGGUCCUCUUGGUCUGAUGACAGAACACAAAGAAGCUGUUUGGACCACUUACGGUGCAACUACCAAGCCAGAUACAUCUAUCUUGAACAGGCUUGUUGAUGCGGGAACGUUAGCAAGGGUUGAGGAAUCUAUGUCUGUUGUGAACAAUGAGAUUCUACGUCGGCAUUUUCUGGAGCUUACCACCAAUUUUUUGUCUCCUUUUGGCCCUUAUUUCAAGAUCAAUACUCCUCCUGAAGGGUCUUCACCAUUUGUUGAUCCACCACCUCUUCCUCCGUUUAAGGCAGAGGAAUUCCUUCAUACUUUAGCUGCAAGAGGUCCAGGAAAAUUUCUAUCAAAGAGGAUGAGAUCAAACUGGCUUGAUUUAUACAGGCGUUUUCUUAAAGGGAAAAAUUUUAUGCCAUGGUUUUCUAGAAGGCGUGCAGUGGCUGAGCAAGAGCAGCACAGAUUAUGGAAACAAGCAAGAUUGAAAACCGAUAUCCAUCAAUUCUUAUCAAAAAUGUCUGAAUUAGAAGUUGUGGACUCCUUCAAUGCUAUUGAAAGGCACCUUCUUGGGGAGUUGCAGCUGCAGAAGUCUGGAACAAGUGGACAAGACUCUAUGAAAAGUUGCCAGAAGCUGCAGGAAGAUCUACAGGCAGUGUUUAGUGUUCUGCCGAAGGACAUGCAGCAGUUGCUCCUUCUGAAUCCUGAGCGAGCAGCUCUUGUACAGGAAACUUAGGGUGGCUUUUUUCCUUUCAAUUUGGGUAGAUUUUUACUUGAACUAAAACUGGAGGUGCUCUUGUCGGCUCUUCUAUAGAUACAUGUUUAUUAAUUUUAUCCUACUUUCACUGAAGUGGCUAGCUUAUGGCUGAAUCUUUAAGGUGGGGCUUGAUUAUCUUUUGGGCUUUUAAGUAAUAAUUUCAUUAGAUUCUUAGAAAACAAGUUACUCCUGUACUGACUAAUUUUUAUCUCCAUUCCUCCAGCUUGCAUGUAUCUUAAUUGAGAGGAUCGAUGUUUGAAUACAAUUAAGGAAUCUGGGAUGAAUAUACUGGCAUUACCGCACCUCUAAAUGGGUGCAGGAAGGUUACAUGACUUCAGGUUAAUGGAAAAUUUAUUGGCCAUUUUUCGUCGCAUAUUUUAUGGAGCGACUGGUCGUGUUUAUAGUCAAUGUGUUAUAAUACAUCUUGUUUUUGUUUCAUUACCCUUUCUAUCCAACAUAAUCAUUAAACAUGGAGGGCCUAAUUCAGAAAAAUUAAACGUCUGUGGUUGUAUGCCCUUAAAGCCGGCAUCAAAAGAAAUUAAAAUUGUCGGAGUAUUGUGAAAAAUGGUUACUCAUUUAUGUUCA